AUGCCUUCCGUCGUCCUUGGCAGCAAGCCUCUUCUGGGUCCCUUGGUCGGUCUCAGCCUCUGGACUUUCGCAAUCGAGGGUCUUCUCUACUACCGUAGGACGCCAGCACUCAAGAAGUACAACAUCGACUUUGAUCCCGAAAAGGUCAAGCAGGAGAAGGCCACCAAGCUUCCCGCUUUUGUUCAGUGGCCUGCUGACAACUUCAACAACCUCUUGGAACAACCCACGCAGUUCUAUGCUGCCGUUCUUGGGCUGACUCUCUUGGACGUCAAGGACCCUCUCACUACUCGCCUUGCUUGGGGAUACGUCGGUUUGCGCGUCGUCCACAGUCUGAUCCAUGUCAGCGUCAACAAGGUCACUGCCAGAUUUGCCGUCUGGGCAACGAGUUCAGUCGUACUCCUUGGCAUGACCGUAAAACUCGCCGCCGAAGUCUUCUACUAG